AUAAUAUUUAUCUGUUACAAAUUCCACUGUAACCCAUUUUCCAAUAAAUAGGCCUUGACGUAAGCUACGAAAUUAUUCGCAAACUUGAACUUGAACCGAACGGACAAAAUGAAGUACACCUUACAAUUUAUUGCACUAAUAGUUUGCUUGGCUGAUUGUUUGGCCUUUAUUCAGACACUUCGCAAACCCUACCGAGGUCCGCAGCAAAGCAAUGAAACAAACGAAUUUGAAAAAUUAAAUGUGACAACCAAAUGGAUAACUCAAAAACUAGACAACUUUGAUGACAAUAAUACGAAAGUGUGGAGCAAUCGAUACCAUAUAUAUGAGGAUUAUUUUUCGCAUGGAUCUCCAAUAUUUGUAUGGUUGGGUGGUGAGAGCAAAGUCGAUCCAGACAUGAAAGUCUUACUUUGGGAGGAAAUAGCAAAGGAGCACAAUGGUUCACUGAUUUACACGGAACAUCGCUUUUAUGGUAAAAGCAUUCCCAUAAGACCCUAUUCAAAUGAGAACCUUAAAUAUCUAAGUACUGAGCAAGCUUUGGCUGAUGUCGUUCAUCUUAUUAAAACCCUGAAGAAGGAGGAUAAGUACAAGAACUCAAAAGUGCUUGUACUUGGCUGCUCCUAUGCUGGAUCAAUGGCAGUGUGGCUAAAAAAAUUGUAUCCAGAUUUAGUCGUUGGAGUCUGGGCCUCAAGUGCCCCCUUGCUUGCCAAGGUGGAUUACCCAGAACAUUUUCAAGUUGCUGGACAGUCUUAUAAAAAACUCGGGGGCAUUGAAUGCUACAAUCGCAUUAAAAAUGCUAUAUCAUUCUAUGAGGAUCUGUGGAAUCAAGGUAAUAUCACUGAGCUGAAGAAAAUUCUAAAUAUCUGUGAUGAUUUUGAUGCGAAAUAUGAAUACAACCGCUAUGACCUAUUUAUGACAAUCGCAAGUAAUUUCUCUGACAUUGCACAAUUCCAAAGACCACACUUAUUUACUAUUAAGGAGCAUUGCGUUCAGAUGUUAAAGUCUGAUGAUGAUGCUAUGGCUGUUUCCCAAUUUAUACAUAAACAAGUGGAAAAUCCUAGAUGCCUUUCAAUUAAUAAUCAACAAUUUAUCGACAAAAUAAACUUGGUUAGAGAUAACUGUGAUAAACCGUUUCUUUGUUGGGCCUAUCAGACUUGCAGUGAAUUUGGUUGGUAUCAAAGUACUAAUGGUGAUGGUCAACCAUUUGGAUCUUCCGUUCCAGUCCAAUAUUCUAUUAACACAUGCCAGAAAGUUUUUGGCGCUCAUUUUACUAGGGAAAAAAUUGAAGCUAAUGUUAAAGCUACGAACGAGAAGUUUGGUGGACUUAAUCCAAAUGUUACGAACGUUUAUUUAACUCACGGCGAACUGGACCCAUGGAGCAAAGUUGGUGCUGGCAUUGCUCAAGGUGCAACUAUUAUACCGAAUGCCUCACAUUGCAACGAUAUGCAGUCCAUCACAGAGGAAGAUAGUCUAGAAUUAGUUGCCUCUAAAAGGCGUCUGAUGUCGUUAGUUCGAAAAUGGUUAGCUGAAUAGUUUGGAGCUAUGACAGUAAAUUGCUUUAACAGUGUGGAAACGUUGAUUACAUUUUUAUUAAAAGUAAUGCCAUAUUCUAUUUUCUUAAACAACGCACCAGAAUUCAUUGAAUUUUAAUGCGGCACACGUUAAUAUAUUAUAAGGCUUAGAUAAAAAAUGUAAUUACGAAGCUCAGCAAUA